AUGUCUGUUGCCGCCUCCGAAAACGAGGGAGGAGGACAGGCUUUAUUACACCCAGGGAGCCGGCUCUUAGGCCAGGAAGUUGCCCAUCACGGCUGUUCCAAGUCAGCAGGCGUCAGACUGUCGCUCAACGCGCUGAGGUUGGGUGAAAGUUUUGAUACGAUCAAGCUGGACGUUGGGCUGCUGGCAUGGCACGUAGGCCAUUUCCCUGCGGAAAACGACACGAGCGGCGAUAAAGUCUGCGAAGACGACCUGUAUGCUAUUCUUGAACUGUCGCAGAACAUCGGCACAAACGUAAGCAAGAUCUUCGCUCUCCGCAACCAGCACGUCGUGGCCACCGAAUUCGACAGCAUACCGGAAGGCGCCGGCAGCCCGCCCGAGAGCUUUCGGAACACGCGCAAGACGCCCGAAGCCAAGAGGAGGAAAAGCUACGAAAUCCGGCACGGCCCCCGGUUCCCCGCCGCCAAACGGAUGCGGAGUGUCAGCUGUCGCACCUGCCUUACCGAUCACACGCCGAAAUGGCGCAACGGCCCAGCUGGUCCUGGGACAUUAUGCAACGUUUGCGGCCUCAUCUAUGCCAAGCGACGGGGUAGGGUUCGCGAAAGGGUUGUUAAGCAGCCAUCAUCUUGCUAG